AUGCUCGAGUGUGAAUAUGCUUUUAUGCGUAUACAUGUGCGUUCAUGCGUGUACGUGUGUACGCACGAGCGUACGGACACAGUUGGUUCACAAGAAAGUGGAUCACUGAUGCAUGUGGGCGUGGUAGUGGGCGUGGUGGUGGGCGUGGUGGUGGGCGUGGCGUGGGGGGACAUGUGUGACAGGAGAGACAGGAGGGCGUGGAAGGGUGACGUGGGCGUGCUGAAGCUGCCUGGGGACGCCCUUACCAACACGCUCCAGGUACCACACAGCCGGGUGCGUCGCUUCCUAAGCUUUCCAACGGGAUCAAUCUUGGCGGUCACUCCCAGACUUCUCAUCCCCUUCUACAGCCAGUUUGACGGACUGAUCAUAGGGAGUAUGUUGUAUGCCUUCCCCAUCGACCUGAAGCUACCCAACGCUACUCUUAUGUUCAAGAGACGAGAUCAGUCGACACGACGUCCAGCCUCCAACUCCAGCACCACCCCACGUACCUCCAGCACCACCCCACGUACCUCCAGCACCACCCCACGUACCUCCAGCACCACCUCCUCCUCCUACAUGUCCUACGAGCCAUCCGGCAGGACGGGCAGGGCCCUCGAUGAGAACAGGAUCACUGGAUACAAUUUCCUGCAGCAGUUAAUGGAUAACGUGGGCGUGGAUGGGCGUGGUUGUGUGCUGCGGGCGGUGUGUGAGGUCGCUGAUGACCCCAUCAGUGACCUGGGCAUCACUGGCGAGGUCAUCAAUCUCUUCUUCAGCGCUGGGUACGGCAGCAGGUCCCAGGAGCUGGAGGACUACAUAGCAGCCGAGGACUCAGGGCGGAGGAAGGGAGACUGUGAGAGACUGUAUCCUGCCUGUCCUUACAGCCUUCUAGACAUGUUCAGAGCUGUGUCUUCGUUCUUCUAUCAUGGCUUAACUGAGGUGGGCAUGGCUGGUGCUGCCCUCAGACAGUAAACUACGUGGCUGUGGGCAUGACUGGCGUUGCCCUCAGACAGUAAACUACGUGGCUGUGGGCAUGACUGAUGCUGCCCUCAGACAGUAAACUA